UUGAACUGUUUCUGAGUGUAGUUUCAUGGCGUUGUGGUGAACCAACCUGAGCCAUGGCAGACUGGAAGACACAGAUAAGCUACAACUACAACCCUCCUUAUCAUGCCUACGUGUAAGGCAUAAUGUACCUGUCUGGGCCCGAGCAGAACCACGGCAACCUGACCCGCUGGGGCGAAGGCACAUUCAGCAACCUGAGCAACUACAACGCCGGGGUACCACCGGCCUACUGCUCCGCCGCCAACACCAUCAACACCGAGGACGAGUCUCCGCCUCCCACCCCGGAGCAGAAUGCCGUUAACGGUCACUGCCACUACCAGGCCUCCGGGGUUGUGUAUUUCAGUGAGUCCCAGACAGACCGCCUGCUGCUGGCCGGACCCCAGCAGGCUGCAUACAAAGCCCGGGAGAACGAGGUAGGACGGCUCGGGAGCGACACCAUUAGCAAUACCGAGGCGUGGCGCACUUCACCAGACUCCUGGAGCUCCAGCAGCAGCAGCAAGGAGGGGAGCCUCCCCCUGGCAGAACCUGCUACAUGGGUCAAGAAAGACCUUCUUGAGGAGGUCAGCAGAAAGAGCCCCGAUGCCAACAGAACCAUCUCCAGCUCCCUGAGAGAGGAGUCAAAAGUGUUGGCCACCACUGAAGGCGAGGGCACCAACAACGACACCUCUGCACCACCUUUAACUGACCCAAAGAAGCAAGGUGCAGCCGGCGUAAACAAUCCUAAAGGAAAGGUCCGGACACGCUUCUCAGAGAGUCAGGUGAACACCCUCAUCCAGCGUUUCAGUGUGCAGAGGUACCUCACCCCGUCUGAGAGGAAGAGCCUGGCCGAGCUGACAGGCCUGACCUACAAACAGGUGAUGACUUAGUUUCAGAAACGAAGGAUGAAGCUGAGGAGACACCAAAAGGACACCACCUGGGUGUCAGAGCGCUUUUCUGUCAACAAGGAAAGCAUGUACUCCAACAUGGCCUCUCAUAUGCCACCAUAUCAGGGAGAGGCGCACCCUCCGCUCAGGGAGCAUUACAACCAGCACAUGAUGGAGGCGGCCUUCAAGAAG